ACAGCAGCCAAUCAGCAUCAGAUCCGAUAAACCUUCAUGACAUGAUGUCUGCAGCCAGGCGCCGUCUGUUAUAAGAUGAGAUUAUGAUGUAUUCGAGUAAAAAACACUCGUAAUUAGCUUAAUUUACCGUGUAAAGCUCGGUUUACGGUUAAAACAGCACCGCGUUUUCGUCCGUGUGUGCUGCUGAUGCGGGUGAAAAUGGCGGACGGAGGGAGACGCUCGGUGCAGAAUAUGAGGAGAAAAUGAGCGAAUCAGAAAUCAUUACGACGGAUAUAAAAUACUAACACAAUAACAGGCAUCGCUGAGGUGGACUCUAGGCUUUCAGAAAGAUGAUCCUGACAGUAUAUAUGGACACCCGUGUCCUUCAACAGACUCCGCCAGUCUCGCCGUAGCAGCAGUUCUGGAGGAAGCGGAGGAGCGAGUGUUUCGCUGGCGGCACGCGCUGCUGCAGGGCAUGGAGUACCACAGUUCAGGGACGCUGCCUCUGCUGGGCAGCCCGCGCUACUGCCCUGGCACCAACAGCGCCAGCGGAUACCUGUGCCAGACCGGACACUGCUGCCAGGAGACCGGCUGCUGCACAUACUACUAUGAGCUGUGGUGGUUUUGGCUGCUGUGGAGUAUGCUAAUCCUCUUUAGCUGCUGCUGCGCAUAUCGCCACCGUCAGGCUAAGCAGCGUGUCCAGCAACAGCAGAGGCAGAGAGAGAUCAACCUGAUGGCAUAUCACGGAGCUUGCAGCUACCCGUCCUCCAUGUUUGACCUCAGUUUUCUCGCAUCACUCAAACUGCCGUCUUAUGAGGAAGUAGCAGCACAGCCCAGCACCCCGCCCCCUCCCUACAGCUCGGUGGCUUACCCGCGAGGCUCCGCCCACCCUGGCCCGAGUCACAUAAUGUCAUCACAGAGCUCCGACAACUACACCAGCUGCUCCUGUGACUCCUGCUGUCCGUCUUCACCCUGUAGCUCCUCCCCUUCUUCCGCCCAGCUCACCGACGAGACUGACACAAGCCACGCCUCCACACCCUCCCUCAAUGAGCCUGGCCACACCCACUCAGCAGUUAUGCACAUCGAGAACAUUCCAGCGCUCAAUGACCAAUCGCCUGAGGAAGCAGAGCCUCCAGGCCCCGCCUCUCCAGGUUCCAAAGUGGUGCAGAAGAUCAAAAGUAGCAGCAGCAGCACAGAUAACGUUAAUAACAAUAACGAGAUAUUAGAAGCAUCCCAAGCGAUUAGCACUAGUAACAUUGACAGUCCGACGACAAAGAAUAUCACCAGCCUUAGCAUUUCCACUUCAUCUUCGCAUCUCUUUUCCAUCUCUGAUCCGAUUGGUGCUCAACCCGAGCAGAAGAGGGAGGAGCCAGUAGCUCCGCCCCCUCAGUCUCCACCCAGAAACGCUCUGUUUUCUCCUGGUGUUGAACCCGAGCGCCGCGAUUCUGCUGUCAGUGAUCUGGAUGUGGACCAAACACACUUUCAGCAGCGACGGCUGACCGGAGACUCUGGUAUUGAGGUUUGCCGUUGCCGUGUUGAACGUGAGGAAGAUGAGGAGGAUGAAGAUGAAAAUUUACCCACAGAGUCCGCCAUUGGGACGGUGAACGAUCUUCAUGAUAGUCCGGAUUGUUCUGCUAGAGCCAGACAGCUGCCGGUGGAUGGGGGUGGGAAAGAGGCGUGGCCUGCCUCAUCUGUGACUCCGCCCACUGACGCUGUCGUCAUCGCCAUGGAAACCGACUGAUCUGAGACUGAUGAUUAAAGCAUGUUGAUCUUGUGUUUUGGCGGCAAAAUAAGAGCAACUGUACAGCCUGAGGUUAGAAGAAACACAUUAAUAUUAGCGGUUAAAAUUUGCAAAGUAUGUCUCCUCUGAGCAUCAAGGAUGCAUUUGUUUGAUCAAAAAUACAUUUAAAAUGUUAAAUAUUAUCAUAGUUCUAAAUGUCAUUUUUAGAUGUGAAUAUAUAGUUAGGUGCACUCUCAGAAAAACAGGUACACGGUGGUACAAAUAUUGUUCCUUGAGGAGCUGUUUUGUACCUUAAACUGUAAAGAUUGUACCUUAUAUGAUGCAGAAGAGACUUAUUAUACUGUUCUGUACCUUUUUAUGGUACAAUUGAAAUGCAGGUACACAAUUGCUCCCAUAUAAAAGGUUUCAAAAGUAUUGAUUAACUUUAUCUUUAUUACAAUACCAGUGAAAAUAAAUAUGACUGGAAAGGCAAA